AUAAUACAUUUUUCAAAAGAUAAAAAUGAUUAGAAAAUGAUCUUAGAUCAUAAUAAUACGGAAUAUUAACCUGGAAGGUACCUUGAAAACCUCACGUGAACUGUGAGGUCCUUAUCCUAGGGCCCCACCAGUUUUAGCCAAGCCAAGGUAGAGGCCAAAUGUCCCAUUGUCCCCCACAGAGCUAAUCCAGACAGAGCUGCACCACGUGAGGACACUGAAGAUCAUGACCCGUCUCUUCCGCACGGGGAUGCUGGAAGAGCUACAGCUGGAGCCGGGAGUGGUCCAGGGCCUGUUCCCCUGCGUGGACGAGCUCAGUGACAUCCACACACGCUUCCUCAGCCAGCUAUUAGAACGCCGGCGCCAGGCCCUGUGCCCUGGCAGUACCCGGAACUUUGUCAUUCAUCGCUUGGGUGAUCUGCUUAUCAGCCAGUUCUCAGGUCCUAGCGCGGAGCAGAUGCGUAAGACCUAUUCGGAGUUCUGCAGCCGCCACACCAAGGCCUUAAAGCUCUAUAAGGAGCUGUAUGCCCGAGACAAACGCUUCCAGCAAUUCAUCCGGAAAGUGACCCGCUCUGCCGUGCUCAAGCGGCAUGGGGUACAGGAGUGCAUCCUGCUGGUGACUCAGCGCAUCACCAAGUACCCGGUACUCAUCAGCCGCAUCCUGCAGCAUUCCCACGGGAUCGAGGAGGAACGCCAGGACCUGACCACAGCACUGGGGCUAGUGAAGGAGCUGCUGUCCAAUGUGGACCAGGAUAUUUAUGAGCUGGAGAAAGGGGCCCGUCUGCAGGAGAUCUACAACCGCAUGGACCCUCGGGCCCAAACCCCAGUGCCUGGCAAGGGCCCCUUUGGCCGAGAGGAACUUCUGCGGCGCAAACUCAUCCACGAUGGCUGCCUGCUCUGGAAGACAGCAACGGGGCGCUUCAAAGGUUAGACCUGCUUGGCAGACUAGGCAGGAGUUCAAAGUCAGAUGGAGAGUGGGAGAUGCCUUCAGGCCUUAGAAUCAACCUCUUUUUAUGCAGCCCAUACGACAGUGAGACUCAGUGGGAGAGAAAAAUGGGGUGUCUGUGGCAGCAAAAGCCUGAAUUCUGUAGUUAACUUUGUGGACCAUACAGGGCCUUCCCUAUCAGUAUUUUAUCAUCUCUUUGGUCUUUACAUGCCCAGAGAGCUACUAGUUUUACUGAGGAAGACAAAGAAGCUCUCAGACUGGAGGACAGGAUCAGUUGUUACCCCCAGCUGGAAUCCCAGCUACCAGGGAUGGGAGUAAGCAGGAGCUUUGGGGAGUGCAGCCAGAGGAGGCCCAGAGGAGGGGACUGAGCCGGUGAAGGACAGGCAGGGAGGAGAAGAGACAGCGGGGCCGAGGGGGCAGAUCAGGGGCCAGGGCACACUUUCCCAGGUUCUCUUUCCAGAAUUUGUCUGCACUGGGAAAGUCUUUCUCACCUAAAUCAAAGCAAGAGAAUAGCAGGCCUUGGCUUUGGGGGUGAGAUGUGAGGGACAAUAGGAAACUGUAAUACUUGAGGCUCCUGAGGCCAGAGCCUGCCUGAGCCUCUGGACCUAUGUCAUGAAAUCUCUGCUCCCUGGGUUUGGAUAUUGUCAGUCUUCACCAGCCUCUUUCCUUUAUCCCUUUCUCUCCUUCCCAUCCCUCCCACGCAGCAGCUAAGAAUAUAAACCAUGGGGGAUUAAAAAUAGCAAGGCUGGAGAGCGUUAUUUCUGAAGCAUUUAGCAAAAGCCCUCCCCUUCUGUGUGCCCACAGUUUAGUAAAAUCCCCAAGGGCAAAGGAGGAGUGUAUGUUUUCUCUCUCUCUCUUUUUUUUUUUUUAGAAACAGGGUCUCGCUUUGUUGCUCAGGCUGGGAUGCAGUGGUGCAGUCAUAGCUCACUGUAACUCAAAACUCCUGGGCUCAAGUGAUUCUUCUGCCUUACUUAGGCUCCUGAGUAACUGGGACUACACACCUGUACCACCACACCCAGCACAUUUU